GAAAACGCGAAAAAUAAACCGCGUUACUUAACAAUGGCGGUGUAAUCUGUUCUUGGCUUACGCCCCAAGUCAAUUACCCAAUUCUCAUCUUUUUUUUUCUCAUUUAUUAUAAUAAACCAUUAAACAUUACUACUUCUUCACAAUAUUUCUCAUAUUUUUCAACCUAAAUCUUUCUCACAAAUUCUUCUUUUAAAUUUUUUUUUUUAAAAAAAAAAAAACUUGAAAAUCAAUCAAUGGGCGGAGGAGGAGGAACAGAAGCAUUCCCUGAUUUGGGAAGACAUUGCCAAAACUCCGAUUGCAACCAAUUAGAUUUUCUUCCCUUCAACUGCGAUAAUUGUAACAAGGUAUUUUGUUUAGAGCAUCGUUCUCACAAAUCUCAUAACUGUCCCAAACCUGAUCACAACAGCAGAAAGGUCAUCGUUUGCGAAACCUGUUCUACGGCCAUAGAAACCACCGGCCAAGACGAGAAGCUUUUGAUGGAGAAGCACAUGAGUUCCGGUAACUGCGAUCCCCGAAACAAGAAAAAACCCACUUGCCCUGUCAAGCGAUGCAAGGAGAUUUUGACUUUUUCGAACACCAGUACUUGCAAAACUUGUCAGAUUAAGGUCUGUCUAAAGCACCGAUUUCCGGCCGAUCAUCUCUGCCGUGACCGUCAGCCCCCGGCGACGGUGAAGGCUAGCAAUGGUGGUCGCAGAUGGAAUGAGAAGUUUUUGAUAGCUUUGGGUUCAAGAAAUGGAAAAGAUUGUGGCAAGAAUGGGUCUGGUAGCUCUGGGUCUCCUUCUAAUAGUAAUCCAUCUAUCAAGGCAUGUUAGAUUAGAUUUAUUCAUUUGAAAUUUAAAUCAUUUGAGUAUUUUGUAAUUAUAUAAUUCUAUAGCUAUAAAAUUAAUUUGGGGUUGUUUUAAUUUGUGAUAAUUGUGUGAUUGUUUAGCUCUUAAAUAAAAUUUGAGGCAAUGGUUUUGGUGCU